CUCCAGCAGAUAGAGAAGCUUGGAAUGGCGAUCCAAAUGGACAAGACGUCCAUCAUCGUUUGCUCGGUGAUCGGGUCUCUAGGGUUGCUGAGUGCCAUCCUGGGGUUCUCGGCAGAGGGGACAAAGCUCACUCCAUAUACCAUACUGGUGUACGGCGACGACUGCCUCUACCCGCAGAACCCGGCGAUCGGGCUCGGGAUCUGCGCCGCCAUCUUCCUGGUGGUGGCUCAGAUCACCUUCUCGGCGGUGGGCGGCUGCUGCGGCUGCUGCAGGUCCCGCGCCAUCCCUUCGGAGACCAAAAGGAUCGUCAGCAUCGUCUGCGCCGUUUUCUCAUGGAUAGCGGCGGUGAUCGCGUUCGCGCUGUUCAUACAAGGUGCGGCGUGGAACGCCAACGUGGUGCGGGUGGAACAAGCGCCCUACUGCCCCUACCUCAAGGACGGCGUCUUCGCCGGCGCGGCCGUGCUCGCCCUCGCCGCCACAGCGCUAAGCAUCACCUCCUUCAUCAUGCAGCGGACCCAGCCAGCUGCGGCGGCGACGGCGACGGCGACGGCAUCGGCUGUGGGCACACCGAACAUGCCAGGAGGGCAGUCGCCGUCCCCCGAGGUAGUAAUGGGCCAGCCGCUGUUUCCGUCGGGCAAGGCGCAUCAGAACGAUUACCCCGUAAAACCCCAGGGAUACGAGCACGAGCAGCAGCCUCAUCAGGUGCAGCAGGUCCCUCCUCCUACCGACUCUCACCACCCACCACAAGGCUACGCACAGUCCGCUGCGCCAAACCACCAGCUCCCUCCGCGCCCAGCCCCAGCGGCAGCAGCCGCAGCACCGGCGGCGGUCGCAGCGGCAGCCGCAGCCUCGGCACCGAGCGUGCUGCAGCCGGCGCUCGGGACGGUCGCCAUGGGCCAGCCGCUGCCGCUGCAGGUCCCGCCACAGUACUGCCUUCCUGUCCCGGCACCUCAGAUCGGAGGCGUGGACAUUCCUGCCGCUCUCCCCUCUGCUGCUGCUCCGGCGGCAGGGAGCGGGUCCACGCUAUCGACGGCUAUCCGCAACGAAGUAGUGAGACAAGGGAUUAGAAUGGCUGCGGAGGUGGUGAAAGAUUCCCUCUUUCCUGAAAACGGGGGUAGCGUUCUUUCCAUGAUGACGGAUUCCGCUGGAGGCGACGCUGUUCAGGUUACAAACUAAUUAAGUAAGGAUAUGACGAUGCGCUUAUUGCUUAAUGCUCUGUGCGUUAUACCUUGCCUUUAGUUUGCUGUCUGUUCUUCCUCCUGUGUAUCUGUCAGUAGCUUCGGCACUGUGAAGCAUGUCCUGUGUCUGUAUACCUACUUGCUGUCGUUUGAAUCGUCCUAAACUCGAACUUCAAGUCACUUUUUUCAUUGUACCUGUGUAAUAUGUAGCUUUUGCCUAGUAUCCAUCAGAAUUGUGCAGCUACACUGUUUAUAUGAUGAUUAUGCUUGUAUUUAUUUGGAGGCGACU